GGAAGAACGAAACUUGCAGAGUAGCUUUUCUAUAAGCACAACUAGGCAGAAGUUCCCGGUCGAAAGUCCAAAAAAAGGUCAAAUAAUGUCCACCACACUUAACGUUGCUCGUUACAGCGCUCUCCUGUCGGGUGUUUUCUAUGGCAUCUACCACCGCCGGUCGCUGCAAAAAGCCCAUGACUCAGACAAGGAACACCACGCUAUACAUCAACGUGAACAGUUGAUAGCGCAAGCAAAGGAUGCAUGGAGAUACAAGCAGGAGAAUGCAGAGGGGUCGAACGGCGUCAUCACAAACCCAGAAGACCCACAGUUCGACCUCGAGAAGCUCGUUGCUAAAUGGGAGAAAGAACUAUAAUGGUCUUGUCGCCCUGCUUUCGUCCGACAACUCCUUAUAUACCUAUAGACCACCCAGAGUCCCAAACUGCUAUUUCACUCUUGGUGCAGACGUGAAUUCGGAAUAUGAGAAUAUCUCACCUGAACUACAGCGGUUUGAACUGCCCCUCAAAACGCGUUCAAUCCGAGCCUUUAUAGGCACGAUGUUGAAUGAACAUAGCGCCGGAUAGCAGUUGAAAUGAAGUUUGGGAGUACACAAUCUUUUGUUAGACCGUUCUCGGACCCGGGUCCGUGUCCGGACAGAAAUCGACCGUUUCACCCGGGUUCGGGUCCUGAUAUCAAACGUCAAAUGUGGUGGUCCACCCAUAUCGCCAGUCCGGACAUCACUGCGCGUGAGGAGGGUAUGCUGGGUACAAUCCGGACAUUGGGCCUGGGAGGGUAUGAUAUCAGAAGAUGAUGUAGUGUAAUACUA